UUACAGCUGGAUUUGCAAUUACAAGACGAAGCCGGCGGCGACAUCUCUAGUUUCAUAACAAACGGCGAAUGGGACUUGUUAGGUGUGCCCGGUAAACGUAAUGAAAUCUACUAUAAUUGCUGCCCAGAACCUUAUAUUGACAUAACAUUCGCCAUUUUGAUACGACGCAAAACUUUAUACUAUUUUUUCAAUUUGAUCGUGCCGUGCGUAUUGAUCGCAUCGAUGGCACUGCUAGGGUUUACACUGCCACCAGAUUCUGGUGAGAAGCUAUCGCUUGGAGUUACUAUUUUACUAUCGCUCACAGUCUUCCUGAAUAUGGUAGCGGAAACGAUGCCAGCUACAUCCGAUGCUGUGCCGCUGUUGGGAACUUAUUUCAAUUGCAUUAUGUUUAUGGUGGCCUCAUCAGUUGUGUCAACCAUACUUAUCCUCAAUUAUCAUCAUAGAAAUCCAGAUACGCAUGAAAUGAGUGAAUGGAUAAGAGUAAUAUUCCUUUAUUGGUUACCUUGCAUAUUGCGCAUGCAAAGACCCGGACAGGUUGGCUACGAAUGCCCGCCGCCGCCGUCGUCGUCGGGCUCCUCGACAGCUGGUGACAAAAAGCAACAGAUCCAAAACGUUGAGCUCAAGGAAAGAUCCUCGAAAUCGCUGCUCGCCAACGUACUCGACAUUGAUGACGACUUUCGUUGCAAUCAUCGCUGCACUAGCGCCACGUUACCCCAUCAGCCCACGUACUACAGGACAAUGUUCAGGCAAGGCGACGAUGGCAGCGUGGGUCCAGUUGGGCCCGUUGGCCCAGUGGGUCCAGUCGCACCAGUGCCCGACUCCCGCAUGCACGAGGCCAUUUCACACACCUGCCUCAGCUCCUCGGCGGAAUACGAACUGGCGCUGAUACUGAAGGAACUGCGCUGGAUAACCGAUCAGCUGAAGAAAGAGGACGAAACAGGCGAUAUAACGCGCGAUUGGAAAUUUGCCGCAAUGGUCGUAGAUCGUUUGUGCCUUAUUAUUUUCACGCUCUUCACAAUUAUAGCCACGCUGGCUGUGCUCUUCUCGGCGCCACAUUUCAUUUUCCCAUAAAUGAUUCACUCUGACGGUCUACGUAAUUGCUUCAGUUUGACACGAGUCGUACAAAAUAUUGUUUCUACUUUUGUAAAAUACUCAAAAUACUCAUAAUACUUAACAAACAUAAGAAGAAAACUGCAUAAACCGAAAAGAAAUUCAAUUCAUGUAAAGAAUACAUAAACAAGUGAAUGCUUUUCAAGUUCUUUUCAAUUUCGAUUCUUGUAUAAAUUAUAAUUCAUUUCUUGGAAUACUCAAAUUUUUAUCAUAUUUAUAGUCAAAUACGAAUUGAAUUGUACGACGCGUUUGGUAUUGACUUAAUUUCAUCCUCCCCCUGCCCCUGCCCCUGCCCUCUGACACCCUGCUUCAUCUCCACACUGCUGCUGACUUCAUCAUUUUUUGCAUUUGUCCAUUUUGGUUUUCCUAUCGAAUUACUGUAAAAUAAUUCAUUUCAUUUCUAGUAUGGGAUAAGUUCUCUUUGAUUUUCAUUUUUAGUAUGUAAAAUAGUGUAUACAAAUAUGUUGCUGUGAUAGAAAAACGUAUGAACAAAACGUAAACCAGUCACAAUAAAAUUUCAAAUUCAAAGUGAACAAAAAC